AUGACCAUGACACCCUACGCAUCGCUAGGUCUAAGCACCCGACGUCACACCACGCGCUUCUUCAUCGACGACAUCCUGGUCAGCAAACCCAAGCCCCUCCCCCGUGAGCCGGCUCCACCAAUCAUAACACGCCCCCCGUUCCUCGACUACGCCUCCUACGCUGCAGCAAGUCUUUCCAGCCCCUGCCCGCUGCUGUUGACUCCGCCCUUUUUCACGCAAAGCCACGCCUCUUUUCUCAACAGCCUACCCGAUCACCCGGCUUUCCUUCUGCCUUCAGCUCGAGGUCUGCCACUGAACCCCCUGUUCCAACAGGACACUGCCAGCAAACACUGCCGACGUAGGAAGGCCCGGACUGUGUUCAGCGACCAGCAGCUGACUGGCCUAGAGAAGAGGUUCGAAACCCAGCGCUACCUGUCCACGCCGGAGCGGAUGGAGCUGGCGUCACAGCUCAACCUGUCUGAGACCCAG